CGCGACGGGCGGGGCUCGGGGGCGGGCAUCGGCCGCGGUGACGCGCGGCGGGCCAGGAGCCAAUAAGAGGUGGGCUGGGUGCUGAUGGACGGGUCCAGCGGCCAGUGGCGAGGCCCCGGCCGCACUUCCCGUCGGGGAGAGAGUGUAAUAUGGCGAAGACCUACGAUUACCUGUUCAAGCUGCUGCUGAUCGGGGACUCGGGGGUGGGGAAGACCUGUGUCCUGUUCCGCUUCUCCGAGGACGCCUUCAACUCCACGUUCAUCUCCACCAUAGGAAUUGACUUUAAGAUUCGGACGAUAGAGCUGGAUGGCAAGAGGAUCAAGCUACAGAUAUGGGACACGGCUGGGCAGGAGCGCUUCCGGACCAUCACCACGGCCUACUACAGGGGCGCAAUGGGCAUCAUGCUGGUCUAUGACAUCACCAAUGAGAAGUCCUUCGACAACAUCCGGAACUGGAUUCGGAACAUUGAGGAGCAUGCCUCCGCAGACGUGGAAAAGAUGAUCCUGGGGAACAAGUGUGACGUCAAUGACAAGCGCCAAGUCUCCAAGGAGCGGGGAGAGAAGCUGGCCCUCGACUACGGAAUCAAGUUCAUGGAGACCAGUGCGAAGGCCAACAUCAACGUGGAGAACGCCUUUUUCACCCUCGCCAGAGACAUCAAAGCAAAAAUGGACAAGAAAUUGGAAGGCAACAGCCCGCAGGGCAGCAGCCAGGGCGUCAGGAUCACCUCCGACCAGCAGAAGAGGAGCAGCUUCUUCCGGUGUGCCCUGCUGUGAGGAGCGCCGCCUGCUGGAGCCUCUCAGCCCAGCUGACUGUGCCUGCCGAGCGAGCCCUCGCUCAGCCAGGGGCCUCCCCCGGCCUCCAGCGCCCCACCCGGGCCGGGCCCUGCCACCGGCGCUGGGCGGCCCCCAGAAUGCAAUUGAGAAAUUGUUUAUUUUAGUAACUGUCUGAUCUUUUUCAACUUCGGAAAUGGACUAAGUUAAGAAUCUGCUAUUUUUUUUUUCUCUGUGACGUCCGCUGAAGAGACCUGGCCA